AGCUAUCGGAUAUUACACGGUGGUACGGUGAACAUGCCGACGCGUAACAUUACAGACAACCUGAGAAAAUCCGAAAACGCAAUCCGAAUUUCCCAAAGAGUGGUAUAGGAUUUAUGCUCCCUUGUCCGCACAAAUUCCCGAAUUCCGAUUUUGUUUUCAUUUGAAUCUCCGAAUUUUUCUAAGAUUUGAAGCAUUUUGCUCUUCAUCGUACCGUUUCCUUCAUCCGAGGUUUGUGUCGGAUCCCCAUGAAUUAUGUAAAAGAAGCUGCGCAUGUGGACCCCAUUUUUGUUGCGCAUGGCUGCUGCUGAACAAACCAACCCCAACAAGGAUUAUUACAAAGUGCUGGAGGUUGAUUAUGAUGCAACUGAUGAAAUUAUCAAAUUAAGUUACCGAAGACUCGCAAUGAAGUGGCAUCCUGACAAGCACAAAGGUGACGGUGACGGUGAUGUUACUGCAAAAUUUCAAGAGAUAAAUGAAGCUUACAAUGUUUUGAGUGAUCCUGCCAAGCGUUUGGACUACGAUUUGACUGGGACGUGUGAGGUUGAAAAGUAUAGUUUGCAGGAAUAUCUUGCUAGAUUUAAAGGAAUGAUUCUUACCUGCAAUGGACUUGGUAUCAAUCAUGCUGACAGAUGGUCUCAACAUUUGAUUGAAAAUUUUGAAUCCGCGGAUGAAUAAGGUUUAUCGUUUGCACUGUUUCAAUUUAAGGUCCCUUGAUUUUGUCCACUGCACCAGUAGAUGUCUUUCUAAAUUGAUGGAAAAACAUUCUUAUCAGGAAUCCUAAUCUCAGUUUUGGCCAGCAGAGUUUUGGAUAAAGAUACCUGAAAAUGGAUUUUUUGUGACAACUAGAGGGUGUGCUAUGUGGGUAGCCUAACCCUGCCUUUAAAUUACACUCCACCAAGUUUCAGAGAUUUGAACCCUCCAUUAUUCAGUACCCUAUGAUCAAUUGGCGAUACCUGAACAAACUGGGGUGAUUGUAAUAUAUUGUGAUAUAUGUAGCAUACAUCAACAUUGCCUUUCUAUCAUUUAAUAAUUAAAAUGCUAGAUUAGAAAUUUAGAAUGAUCUAUUAUUAUACCAUAGAUCAACUGACAUGGGGUUGUUUUACUUUUA